UCUGGGUUUUGCUGUGAUCGGCUGUGAGGGGUGGGAGAGAUGGGUUUGCAGUGUUGAUCUGUUCACUUCAAAUGAUCAAAAAAACAAACAUAAUUUAAAAAUAAAUAAAUAAAAGACUAAUAAUCAAUCCUUGUGCUCCACUCAGACUGUAAUUUGCAGUACGAUUUGAUCCCUGGUCAGGUGGUAAGGAGAAAUACUUCAUCGCGAUGAUGCUGAAGAAGUCGAGAAUGACAGUGCUGAGGAGAGAGAUCGUCGCCUAUCCAGCUUCUCGCCAGAUGAGGAACCUGCUUGUCGCUCAGGUGCUGUUCAGAGGCCAGAAGCUUUGUCUGAUGACGUCCCACUUCGAGAGCACCAGGGCCUGUUCGGAGGAGAGGAUGAGACAGCUGCAAAUAGUGAUGAAGAUCAUGACACAGGCGCCUGAUGAUUUCACCGUCCUGUUUGGAGGAGACACCAACCUGAGGGAUUCUGAG